AUGACUGCAUCCGAUCAUUCAUCCCCAAACUCUCCAGCUCACAACUCUUCCGGAAAUCCCACACAAACCAAUGAAACCCACAUCAAUCCUUCAGGAAAUCCUAGAACCCUAGACCCUUACAUAAUUCAUCCUAGUGAUAACCCUCCAACAGUGUUAUCUUCUCCUCUUUUGCAAGGGGAUAAUUAUGGUUCCUGGGUGAGAGGAAUCACAAAAUCCUUGAAUGCUAAGGGUAAGCUUGGUUUUGUUGAUGGUUCUCUCCCUCCCCCAACAGAUGCGUUGCAGUUUCAAUGUUGGAAGAGAUGUGACGACCUUGUAGGCAGUUGGCUUCUAAACUCCUGCCAACCAGACAUCAGGGCUAGCUGUUUAUAUGCCCCCAAUUCUCAUGCUAUCUGGAAGGAUUUACAGGUGAGGUUUUGUGUUUCCAAUGCUCCGAUUCUUUUCCGUUUAAAGUCCUCUAUUGCUUCCAUCAAACAGGAAUCCAUGCUUGUUUCUCUCUACUAUACAAAAAUCAAGACACUGUGGGAUCAAUAUGAUUCCCUGGUUGCUUCUACUGAAGCUUGUAUUUGUGGUGCUGGAAAGCACAUGAUUGAGAGACUUGAAAGGGAGCGUGCCAUGGAGUUUCUGCAGGGUCUGCACGACAGACUUGGUCAUGUCAGAGACAAGUGUUAUCGACUUCAUGGUUUUCCUGCCACCACCAGUAGCUCUCCAUCUCCGGCUAACAGCAAUAUGCAUCUCACUGCAGCAACUGCAGUUACACCAGCUGAUGCGUCUGCCAUUCCGCAUGCUCUUCCGACGCUGUCUGCUGACCAAUAUGCACGUCUUUUGGCCUUAAUCAACCCUGCGCCAGAAUCUGCACAGCUUGAACCUCGUUCCAAUUUCGCAGGCUAG